AGUAAUCUGUGGCUUCAGUUGGAGAUAAAUUGUUGGUAAAGUCGGAAAACCAUUCAUUCUUUAGAUUUACUAAACAUUCAAAAGUCAAAACAAAAUCAUCAAACCCAAACUAAAUUACAAUUUAAUUAGUUUAGAUUCCGGUGAAGUGAAGCCAAGAUCACUUAGUUUUGAACUAUUCAUUUUGAGUAUGGCUCAUCAAUUUGAACAUCUGGUGGCAAAAUACCGAGCUGUGAGCCAAUUUCCUGGGUUAAGCAGCGCAAGGAUUUUGUGUAAGGAGGGUUCUAAUGUGGUUGUUAGUUCUGCUUGGAGCCAAAAAUGUUUAGAAAAGGGAAAGAACUCCAAGUUUAUGCAAACUCAUUUUGUUACGGAUAAAAACAUCAUUCAUACAACUCCUGUGGAUAUUUCAAACGAGUUGUUGUCAGCGUGGUCGCCCUCAGGUGUCGGCCGUGCAGUGUUGAGAGAACAUGACAAUGGCGGGGCAGGUGCGGGGGGCAAGAAACAACACCUAGAGAUCUGGCGUGACAACCGACUGGCCCAGCUGAUUGACCUCAGUAUGCUGGAUCAACACGGGGAUGUAUAUACGAGUGGGGAGUUCAGCUGUCUGGAGUGGUCUCCUUGUGAAAAGAAGCUGCUCUACGUCGCUGAGAAGAAGCAACCCAAAGCUGAACCUUUUUACCCGAGCAAACCUAAGGAUAAAGAUUCAACUAUUCCUGACGAGAAACUACCCAAAAUGGGGGAAGAACAUGUUUUCCGUCAGGACUGGGGAGAAACAAUGGUCGGCAAACAUCAGCCUGUAUUGUGCGUCUGUGAUUUGACACUCGGAACUGUCUCUGUGACGUCAGGCAUCCCAGACGACGUGUCUGUUGGACAGGCUCUCUGGGUGCCUGAUGGCAUAGUGGCUGUGGCCUGGCCCCAUACACCUCGCAGGCUAGGCAUAGUGUACUGCACCAGUCGACCUAGCUAUGUCUUUCAUCUCACUCAAGAUGGCACAUUCAUAAAGUUGUCCAAGGACGAUGUAGCUGCUCAGUCUCCGAGACUGUCACCUGAUGGUGAAUAUCUUGUGUGGCUACAGCGGCCGGUCUACGGGCCUCACCACGCCUGUCACGAGCUGGUGAAGGCAGUGUGGGGGGCUAUCCCUCACCCUCUAGUGCCCAUAGUUCAGACCAGCAUCCAGUGUGCCAGUGGACAUCUGUUCUACGGACUGUACUGUCAGUCGCUGCCGGCCAGGUGCUUCAUUGAUAACAACAAACUGAUGCUCAGCACAGGACAGCAUUCUAGCGUCGUCACCUACAGCGUCAACACAGACAGUGGAGCUGUGUGCCAAGUAACGGAGGAGAUUGGCAGUGUAGUGGUGAUGGACGUGUGUACCCAAGGAUCAUUGGCACUGUGCUACAAGACUGUGGUAGACACUCCACCGAGCCUGUAUCUGGCUCAUAUCAACAAGGAAACUCUGCGUCUGCAACCUCUAGUCGUUAGACAACCCGUGUGUCCACCCGUGAACCUGAAGUAUGUCCUAGAGCUGCAGGCAGAGGUCAAGGAUAAAUUCAACGAUUUCAACGCUAUUUACUACGGCCCUGCUGAAGGCGAAGAGAAGAGCGUUCCUUUGAUAGUCUGGCCCCAUGGAGGCCCACAUGCCAUGUUCUUUGAGUGCUACUCAGUCGUCAACCAGUUUUUUGUCAGUGCUGGUUUCGCCACUCUCCAGGUGAACUUCAGAGGAUCCACAGGUGUGGGGCAGGCGGGUGUAGACUUUCUACCAGGUCGUGUUGGCGACACCGAUGUCAAGGACUGUCACCAAGCUACGUUGGCAGCCUUGGAGCAGUUACCUAUCCUGGACCCUGGCAAAGUAGUGUUGUAUGGAGGAUCUCACGGAGGCUUCCUGGUCACUCACCUGGCAGGUCAAUACCCGGACUUUUACAAAGCCGUUGUUGCACGUAACCCUGUUGUCGAUGUCGUCUCAGUUCUCUCUCUGUCUGACAUUCCAGACUGGGCCGUCGUAGAGGCUGGCUUCACAUACACAGGCAAGGAGCAGGUAGAGAUGACUCCCGAGUUCCUCGCACAGCUGCGACGUGUUUCUCCUAUACAGUACGCUGACAAAGUUAAGGCUCCGACGUUGCUCAACAUCGGCAAGAAGGACCUUCGGGUGCCUCCGUCCCAAGGCACUAUGUACUACCACACGCUCAAAACAUUCAACGUGCCUUGCAAGAUGAACCUGUACGAUGACAAUCACUCAUUGUCUACAGUGCCUGUGGACAUAGACGCAACCAUCAACGCAGUUCUGUGGUUCCAACAACACUUGGCUGAAAAGCAAUAAUAUGUGCCUCAAUAACUAUUUAGCAGCUGUCGGCCUGAUCUUAUGUCUAGUUUAUAUUAUAUGCGUUGAUUUGUAGUAUAAGACAGUAACAUCUAUUUCAUCUUAUAACUUUUUAAACCAUUUAAAAAUAUCAAUGAAUUACAAUUUUUCCAUCAAUUACAAGUACCUGUCAUGGUUUUCUUGAUUUUUUUCGUACCAAAACUGAAAAAAAUCCAAAGAUAAGAGAAUAUAAAUCAAAUUUGUAAUCAUUUACAAUUACUGAUUACAAUGAAGAAAAGAGAUUCCUUUUGUUGGUCAGGCUAGACAGCAGAGUAGGUAGGCAGCUGCUUAUAAGUUAAAGUACUUCUAUUGUUCCAAAACAAGUGGCACACUUUAAAGUGUGGAUAUGACAGUUUGCAUUCUGUUGAAUAUGUGUCACAUGUUGUACAGAAAAAAAUCAUAAGUUGUAUUAUGCAACAGCAAUAUGUCAUUUUUUAUGGCAAAUUGUUUAAUUUUCACGUGCCAUUUUAUACUAACAAUUUAUAUUACUGUAAUUUACUAAGAAAAAUAAAUUGGAUGAUA